AUGGCGCAGGCUGACAAUGUCCACCAACUCGAUCACCUGCGCCUCAACUCGGAUGACGAAGAAGAUGUCGCUCUUGAGUCAGAGGAGGACACUUACAACAUGAAGCGACCUUUUGAAAAUUACUCGGUGCACUUGCGGCCGUCCCUUAGAGGAUCGGCCGCAAGUCAAGACACCAUCCGUGCCACUGCCACUCCACCGAUGGACAUACCGGCAGUCAACGAUGGACCUGCUAUCUUAGGCGAAGCUUCGAAUCCGUCGACGUACAUCGACCAUUACAUGCGCCAUCGGAACCCUUCCGUCAGCUUUAACAAUGAAAUCAAGCUGGAUUCCGGUGAGAGCCAAAGUAUGGAGGAGCCGCUGGAGAAAUCCUCAAAGCACGUGGGACGUGGCCGCUCGUUGAUGCACGCUAUUGAGCACGCGAGAAAGUCUUCGAGAGCGCACAGUGAAUCAGGUCGUUCGCACUAUGACCCUGUCACUGGUCGCUUCUUGGACAAAUAUUCACACAGUCCUCCGCGGGAGCAACCUCGCGUGGGCGAAGGCCGCUUCCCUCUCUUGCAGACAACAGUGGACGAAAUGGCCCGAGAAUCGGAGACGAACCUGGUGCAACCCAUGUCCAUGACGUCCGAGUCGACCAUGUCUCCUCCCAGCGAGGCGAUAUUGACGCCAGAAGAUAGUGACAAUUAUCUGCUCUCACCCCCAACAGACUCCCCUAUUGCCCAGGCAUUUUCGUACGAGGAACCGAAAUCAUUUCGGCGCACAGCAUCACAACGAUGGAGAGAUGGCGAUUUCAGCGCAUCCCCGCAAGAUUUCUUUUCCCGUGCAGGCAGUCUACGCAACAAAAGCAUGCGGGAUAUUGCCGGGCGCGCAUCCCGUCGCGACACUUCUGGGUCUACACGAUCCCCUCGUUCUGCGGCAUCGUCGUACUUACGCGGUUUCUCAAUGAGUAGUGGAACCAACGGUGACUCGGCCGACCCAGGGCCCAUGGCCUGUGAUGCUGAGGGCCAGACCAUCGGCGAUGAUUAUGUUUUAGGCAAGCAGAUCGGCUAUGGCGGAUUCAGCACGAUAAAACAAGUAACUCAGCUGCAAGAUGGCAAGCAACGCACGCUCGCCGUAAAAAUCGUCCGCCGACAGAUCGAGAACAAGUCGGAAGCCGACAAUGAACAGGCUCAGGCCGAGUUCGAGCACGAGGUUGAGCUGUGGCGCUUCCUCAAUCACCGCAACAUUUUACCUCUGGAAGCAGUGUACAAGCUCGAUGAGGCCACUUUCUGCUUCAUUCCGUUAAAUACAGGGGGGACGUUGUUUGACCUGGUGCGGGCUAACCGGCAAGGCGUCCGUCACGACUUAGCCAGAAGCUACUCGUACCAACUUGCAUCCGCGCUCCGGUAUCUGCACCUCGACGCGCGGGUCGUGCACCGCGACGUCAAGCUCGAAAACUGCUUGAUUGAACCGAGCAGCAACGGCGAGCCCGGUCUGCUGCGGCUCUGUGACUUCGGAAUGGCAGAGUGGCUUUCGACCGACAGCAACUCAGGCCCUCCCAGCCCUCGUUUCAACCAUACCGACCGCCCUCCUCAGAAGCACAUUGGCCCCGCGGACACGUCGACAUCGGCGUUUGCAGGUGGAAGCCUCGAGUAUGCUGCACCCGAGAUCGUACGAGUUGCGGAACGUAUCAAGCACUCUGAUCAAGCCGAACGCGCCAUUGUCUCUCCCGCGGUCGACAUGUGGGCUUACGGAGUCUGCGUGUACAGUAUGGUUGUCGGGUCGCGGCCAUUUCAGAACUCAUUCCAGCCCCGUGUGGUCAUGGCCAUCCUGGCCGGCAACUGGAAUCGUGACCUUUUACGCCAAAAGGGAGGCGACAAAGUCUACGAAGUUGUCGAUGGCUGUUUGGAUAUGGACGAGUCUUCGCGCUGGGACGCCACAAGAGUCGUGGACUCGGCAUGGCUUGAAGAACUGGCAGACGAGGACGACAGUCUCCACAGCGGUGUGAACGGUUGGCGAUUGUGA